AUGACUCUGUCAUUCGUCUUGGGUUUUGCGGCCGCAGCCGUCGUGCUGCAGGUCAUUCGUAUGGCAAUCAACUCAUGGCAACAUUCGCGUAAUGCUAAAAGCCUGGGUUGUGGCAGUGUGCCAAUGUACCCGUGCAAGGAUCCUUUGGGAAUCGAUAACCUGAAACAGUCCCUGGCGGCAGACAAGGCCAAACUAGUACCUGAGUUGGCCGAGGAGCGUGUCAAGAUCAUUAGUGAACAGGAGAACCGCUAUGUCACUACAUUCUCCAUCCGGAACCUCGGUCGCACCCACAUUUUCACUAUCGACCCUAAGAACAUCCAAGCUAUUCUGGCUACGCAAUUUAAGGACUUCGAGCUUGGUUCUGUCCGUCGAUAUAGCUUGCAUCCGCUGCUGGGCACUGGUAUUUUCACCGCGGAUGGAGAGGAAUGGAGUCGCUCCCGGGGCCUACUUCGGCCUCAGUUCACCCGCGAGCAGAUCAGUCAAUUGGAUUUAGAAGAGGAGCAUGUGCAAAAGGCCAUGCAGGCUCUACCCGUUGCAGCCAACGGAUGGACCACCACAACCGACAUCCAAUCGAUCUUCUUCCGCCUGACCAUCGACUCCGCCACAGAGUUCCUCUUCGGUGAAAGUGUCGAGAGCCAACUAGGCGCUCUAAACGGUCUAAACAGACCCGAGGACUCCUUUGCCAACUACUUCGACAAGUCCCAAUGGGUCUGCGCGCAGCGCAGCCGCUUCGAGAAACUAGCCUUCCUCGCCGAGAACAAGGAAACCAAAUUCUCCGACAAACAAGUCCACUCGUUCGUCGACAAAGUAGUCUCCAAUGCCCUCGCAGCUUCCGAAGCCGAAAAGAAAGCCUCCCCCGACGAAAAAUCCUCCUACGUCUUCCUCGAGGCCCUCCUAGAAGUAACCCGUGACCCUAUCGAGCUCCGCUCCCAACUCCUCAACAUCCUCCUCGCAGGCCGCGACACAACCGCCUCCCUGCUAAGCUGGACAACCCUCAUGCUAUCCCGCCACCCAGAAGUCUUCACCAAACUCCGCGAAACAAUCAUCUCCAACUUCGGCACCUACUCCAACCCCCAGAACAUCACCUUCGCCACCCUGAAAUCCUGCCAGUACCUCCAGCACGUGAUGAACGAGGUCCUCCGUCUGUACCCAGUAGUCCCCUUCAACCGUCGCAACGCAACCCACGACACGACGAUCCCGCGCGGCGGCGGUCCGGACGGGCAGGAUCCCGUCUACAUCCGCAAGGGCCAGUCGGUUAUCUACACGACGCAUGUUAUGCAGCGUCGUAAGGACCUGUGGGGUCCUGACGCUGACGAGUUCAAGCCUGAGCGCUGGAUGAGUCGGAGACCUGGUUGGGAGUAUAUCCCCUUCAAUGGGGGGCCGCGGAUCUGUAUUGGACAGCAGUUUGCGCUUACGGAGGCUGGAUAUGUUAUUGUGAGGCUUUUGCAGCGCUUUGAUCAGAUUGAGAAUGUCUAUCCUGAUCAGAAGAUUCGGUAUGGUCUUACUUUGACUAGUGCGCCUGCUGAUUUGGUUACUGUGCGUUUGCACCAGGCUGAGGAUGCGUGA